AUGUUACAAAAACUUUCCCGUGAGAGUUUGCGACUCAAUCCACCUCCCCGGAGUCCGGAUGCUCCGGUCAUUUAUGAAACCUCAAAACAAGUCAAGAAAGCAUACAGCAAAAGGAAAGGCACAUUGAUAUCUGAAGCCGAGAAAAAGCGGAUUGAACGGAUAAGAGUUCUUGAUGACAGAGCCGAAAAGAUAAAGCAGAAGGAACAGAGGAAGAAGGAGAAUGCAUUGAAAAGAAAAGCGAAGGAAGAAAAGGAAGGGCCGACGUUUAAGAAGAUUGCGAGGAUAACUUCGAGUCAACCGGAACUGAGCAAGUUCUUUGUGUCGAAGAAGGGACCGUCGGCUCCUGUUAAGAGAGGGCUUGAUAACCCCGUUAAUGUUGAUCAAGGACAUAUUAGAUCCGAAGUUGAGGAUGUAAAAACUGCUGAUAUUGCCCAGGAGCAUCCUGAGUCUGAACCCGAGGAUGUAGAAGCCGUUGAUCCGGAACCACCAGCAACUGAGGAUGAAUUUGAAGAUUCGGUAGUAGAAACAGAGGUAAAGCCGAGCGCUCUGGUAGAGAUACCAAUUGAUGACCGUAAUGUCCCUGCCAUCUCCCCAACUCUAGUGGGGGAAGAGGAUCACGAGGAUUUUGCUCAGGGGCGGAAGGCCACCAUGAAGCUUUGUUCGCAACUAUCUCUACCUGGGUCUAAUAAUACACCAGAGAAACUAGCCGGUGGACGGUUAACAACGGGCGGACCACUAAAGGGGAAACGGCUUCUUUCAUCCCCCUAUGAUAGUCUGCCAUGCACUAUACCACGUGGCAUCCUCCCCGAUUCAUCCCCUCCAGUACCUUUACAUGCACAAACUCUACCCUCAGAACGGGAAGAGGAAGAAGCCGAAGCAAGACAAGAAGAGGAUGAGAGGAUAUUAGAAAUUCUGCGGGAACAAACCGAUUACAACGACUUUGACGACGAUUAUGAUCUUGAAGAUGAUCCGGGAUUUGAUUACGAUUAUGUGGAAGACUAUACGAGCCCCGUACACGAAGCGGAAGAUGAAACAUACGGAGAUGAGGGAUUGGACAUAACGGAAAGCGAAGAGGCCUACGGAAUGGGUCUCUCAGACCCGGAAUUUGACGAGUUGCAUGAUACUUUUUUUGAACACGAGGCUGAAGAGGUCCAUGCUGAUGAGUCCGAGCAAGGGUUUGACAGUUCGUUUUUAUGUCAAGCCUUCGAGGACGACCUGAGAGAGUUGGAAGAAGAAUUUUAG